AUGGGCGUCGAACAACUCCGAAUCUGCAGUGACUCCCACUUAAUCGUCAACCAAGUGAACGCCGAAUUUGAGGCUAAGGACGCAUCGAUGGCUACCUACUUAGCACACACCCGCCGAUUACUCAGACAAAGAAGCGCAUAUCAAAUCCAAUGGAUCCCAAGAUCUGAGAACAGUCACGCCGAUGCACUUUCCAACUUGCAUCCGCGAUCGACAACUAGGUGGGACACCAUGUACCAAUCGAAAUUCUCGCUUGACGGAGCACCACCAAAGUUAAGAUACAUGCCAUUCGGCAGAACCCAAGCUGGAUAG